AUGCAUCUAUUCGAUAAACUAAGAGCAAGCUUUCGACGAAAACCACAUAAAAUCGAAUUAACGUUAUCUGAACAAAUCGAGAAUAUACUUAAUCGAUCAAAUGUUUCACAAGGUGACCACCGCUUGCUUUUACUUCGUUUAGUUUAUGAACAUCGAUCACGACAAUUUCACUUGUUGAAUGUUCCAGCAAAUGAUCCUAAACGUCUAGAAUUUGAACGAUCAAUGCUCAAAAGUCUUCUCGCCAUCACAUCGUCGUCGACGUCAGAUUUACCGGUAAUAAUCGUCGAGUUUGGUCAGCAACGGCAACGCCUUCUAUUGAAGAAAUAUCAUUUUACUAUUAGGGAGUUAUUGGAGUUGUUUUCGAAAACAUUUCAAAAGUCAUUCAAUUUGAGACAAUAUGAAAUUUUUUUAUUUAACGAAAGAAUUCAUUCGACCGCACGUUUCCAUUUUCUUCAAUUGGAUAAUUUUCAACGAUUUCAAAUAAUAGCAAAGAUUACUUCUCAUGAAAUCGAUUUAAUGCGUUUGAAACAACGACUUAAAACAAUAUCGGUGGAUAUCAACGAAGUCACUGUUCUAAUCAAUUCGAUCCGUGAUAGCUAUCGAAAUUUGAUCAAGAAAUUGACGAAUGAACAACAUAUUUCAGAUAACCAUUUCCCAAAACAAUACAAUAAGUUGUUGUCCCAAGAUUCUUCAAGUCCCGAUGAAGGCAUCGACCGUGAUGUUGGGAGUGUAUCAGUAUUCGAAUCAGCUCAAAGUGAUCGUGAAUUUCAAAGUGUUUACUUUGAAUGUCAUGAGAGUAACAUUGUUACUAACGAAGCAAAUCAAAGAAGACUUCAAUGCUGUAAUCAAUCAUACCGUUCUCGCCCAUGCGAGGACAAAAAGAAUUGCGACACAAAAAAAGCUAUUGGCAAACCACGCGUAAAAAAGUUCGUCAAUUCUAAUAAACCACCGUUAGCACCGGAGAAAAAGAAGAAUAUUCCAUGUAAAUAUGCUGCUGGUGGAAAUUGCAAACGAGGUAAACUAUUUCGAAUCGAAUUAAUUUUAAAAAUUGUUUUCUUGAAAUUUAGGAGCUCAAUGUCGUUUUAUUCACGUUGUUUAGAUAAUUUUGUUUUUCUUAAUUUUGCUACUGCAACAUUCCGUAGCGAUUGUUCAGUGUUGACUAGAUUUUCUCCCCCUUUUUCCAUCAUGGAUAUGAGUGAGAAGGGUACACAGCAGAUUAUUGUGGAAUUUGGUGUACGACGCCAACGAAUCUCUCUGACUGAACGUCAGAUAUCAACAGCAAAACUCUGGAGUUCGAUGAGUAAGCAUUUCGAUACGAAUUUCGACGAAGAUCGCAAUCAUUCAUUGCAAAUGUACGAUUACACAUCGAAUGUCUAUUAUUCUCUGAAUGAUGAUGAACAAAUCUUCGAUGUUUUCAACGAUAUCGAACCAUUCCAUCGUUUUCGAAUUCUUCGAAAAUCGUUUGAAUCUCAAAAAUCUCAACUAGUUAAGGACCUUCAAUUAACUGUUGGUAAACUUGACCGCGCAACACGAGACAUCGAGAAAAUCCAAAGUGUGGUUGGCACAGUGAACAAGGACUGCCAAGUUCUUGAUCAAUUAAUGAAAAGCCAUCGUUUAGAAUCGUCUGUAAAAGAAUCAUCGUAUCUCUUAAAUCCCUCAAUGAUGAAAACCGCAGUUGAAAUAACGAAAUCGUUAGACAUCACUGAAUAUGGCGAAGAAAACUUCGAUAGCGUUUCGUGUUACGGUACUGCACCUAUCGCUUCCGAAUGUCCAGUGACAUCACCGCCGAUGCCAACAGUAUACGAUAAUAUUCAAACUCGUAUCAUUCCAUGUAAAUACGCGGUUCGAGGUAUUUGUUCUUUUGGUGAUAACUGUCUAUAUUUACAUGAUGAAGAAUGUAUUCGAUCAGCUCGAGAAUGGGAACGACGUCUGUAUGUCCUAUUGAAUAAUCAGCAGAACAUUCCAAUUCUCGUUUUUCAUUCAAAGAAAAGUAAAGAAUAUUUCACCGAUAUGUCAGAAAAACCCAUUGUCAUUGAUGACGACGACGAUGAUGGCGACAGUGAAAGUUCGCACAGUGAUUGUUUGAUAAUCGAACCGGCAUCAUCUUCAUUUGAUACACGCAUUGAUCUCUCAUCCCUGGGUAUACUACCAAAUUCUUUAGCUAAACAAACCAAUCUGAUCCUUCUUUAUGAAAAUCGAAUUAUGGAUGUUCAUCUUGCUGCAUCUAUAUCGAAUCUUGAACAGCAACAACAUCUCACCAUUUCGCAUUUGAAUUAUUUCUAUUCAAUACCCAAACGUCAUCUUUAUUUAUCAACUCCUUCUGCCAUUGAACAUGUUUCCAUCCCUCGUCAAUAUCGAAUUAUGUGCGCAACAAAAUCCGAGAAAAAAUUCUCUUUAGGCUUUAUCGGUGAAAGCCCUUCGAUGGUCAAUAAUUUACGUCAUUUAAUUCUCUUUGACGAUGGUACUGCAACGUAUACAACCGCUGACGAUCGAAUCCAUUUAUGUCUAUGCCAAGAUUUUCAACGAAAUUCUCGGUCGAUCGAAUUGAAGUUCGUACAGAAAGAUCUGGAGGAGAUUCUCUUUCAUGACAAUGUAAAUAAAAAGCCGUAUGGAUUGUAUCAUUACGUUCGAGUAAAGAAAUUCGAUGGAAAUUAUCAUAACGCUCAAAUCACUAAGAUCGAUUGUUCGAUAAUGAAAUUGAAAUUCUACGAAAGACAAGCACAAACGGAAAUUUGGAUGCAUCGAAGAUCGAUAUUAAUCGAUGAUGUUGUCAUGUCACCAGUUGAAAUAGCAAGUCCGAUGAUUCUACAAAAUAAACAAGAGUAUGACGAGCGAGAUUCAGUUUCGCCAUCAACAAACCAUUCGUUUCAUUCGAAUACUUAUCAUUCGCAUCAAUGCUCACCUUGUUGUGUAUUGACAGUCGAAGAAAAGUUCAAUCCAAAUCUAAUUACACAAAAUCCUUAUACAUUACCACUUUUAUAUGGUUGGAAAUACCUAUACAUUGAUCGCUAUGCCAAAGGUUGUUUUACUAAGAAACGAUCGACACAUAAAACGCUCUCUCGUGUUAAUUAUCUAUAUCGUUCACCAUGUGGUCGAUCGCUUUUAAACUUAGACGAAGUCGAAAAUUAUCUCUUGGAAACCAAUUCGAAAUUAAGCAUCAAGUUUUUCAUUGAUGACCGCUCGACGCGUCUCGAACAAACAAUUGAAUACGAUUCGAAAUAUAUUCUCAAUCAAGAUAUAUCUCAAGGCAAGGAACCUGUGAAAAUUCCCGUUUACAAUGAAAAUGAUCUCGAUCAUCCGGAAACAUUUAUGUACGGAACAGAAAUUCGUUCGAAAUUAACUUUUACAGAUGAUUCUACACCAAUCACAUGUUGCUCUUGCACAGACAAUUGCCGAAAUCGAAUCAAGUGUCCAUGUUGGCUGAAAACCUUUCACGAAGCGAAAUUACAUAAAAAUGAACAAAUCGCACAAUGGCAGAGGCAGAAUUUUACCGAUGAACAGAUGAUUUCUCGUUUUGCUUACAUCUAUAAACGUUUGAAAGAACCCAUAUGGACUGGCAUCUAUGAAUGCAACUCGAAAUGUUCGUGUCAUACCAAACAUUGUACAAAUCGAUUGGUACAAAAUAGCCUAUACCAACAAAUACAAUUAUAUCAUACACAUAACAAAGGUUGGGCUAUACGCGCUCUCCAUGAUAUACCACAUGGAAGUUUUCUGAAUGCUUAUGUCGGAGAAUUGAUUACCGAACAGAUGGCAAGAAAGCGUGAUUUCAAAUACUUAGCAAUACUAGAUCAUAAAAGCCAUGUGCAUACUAUUGGUAACAAAAAACGAAAAGGAUCAAAAAAAGGCUACUUGAAUCAUGAGCGGAUCUCGAUUACUACAAAUCGUUGUGUUCGCAUAUCCAGCGACAGUUCAAUCGACGCCAAAUAUUAUGGUUCAAUCAGCAGAUUUUACAAUCAUUCAUGUAAACCAAAUGUUCAUAUUCAGAACGUAUUUAUCAAUUCACAUGAUGUUCGAUUCCCGGUCAUCGCACUUUUUGCUUGUCGAAAUAUACGAGCUGGCGAAGAAAUUUGUUGGGAUUAUAAUUAUACGGUUGGUUGUAUGCCCGGAGUUCGUAUUGAUUGUCAAUGUCAAGCAUCAAAUUGUCGUGGUCGCUUGUUAUAA